GGUGUCAGCUGAUCCUCCUCUGCUGGCGAGCGAGGAGGAAAAAUCCUCUGAAGGAAAGCAGUGCUUGCUAGGUAGGUGAAACCAUGGCUGCAGAAAUUCAUUCGAGGCCCCAGACCGCUAGACCAGUCCUCCUGAACAAGAUCGAGGGACACUCGGACGCGGUUAACGCGGCCGUUUUAAUCCCGAAGGAGGAUGGAGUGAUCACGGUCAGCGAGGACAGGACCAUCCGAGUGUGGCUGAAAAGGGACAGUGGUCAGUACUGGCCAAGCAUCUACCACACAGUCUCCUCGCCUUGCUCCUGCAUGUCAUACCACCAUGACAGCAGACGCAUCUUCAUUGGUCAGGACAAUGGAGCAGUUGUGGAAUUUCUCAUCUCUGAAGAUUUCAACAAAAUGAACCAAGUUAAAACAUACCCAGCCCACCAGAACCGUGUGUCGAGUAUGGUAUUCUCCCUGGAGAGCGAGUGGGUGGUGAGCACAGGCCAUGACAAGAGCGUCAGCUGGAUGUGCACCCAGAGCGGCAGCAUGUUGGGGAGACACUAUUUCACCUCCUGGGCCUCCUGCCUCCAAUACGAUUACGAGACGCAGCACGCCUUCAUCGGUGAUUACUCCGGACAGAUCACUUUGCUGAAAUUGGAGAAGCAGACGUACUCCACCAUCACGACUCUCAAGGGCCACGAAGGUAGUAUAGGAUCUUUGUGGUGGGACCCUGUCCAGCGGCUGCUUUUUUCAGGGGCCUCAGACCACAGCAUCAUCAUGUGGGACAUCGGGGGCCGCAAGGGACGGACUCUUCUCCUGCAGGGACAUCAUGAGCGUGUGCAGGCGCUGCGUUAUCUCCAGUUCACAAGGCAGCUGCUGUCGUGCUCAGCUGAUGGAGGCAUUGCAGUGUGGAACAUGGACACACAGAGAGAGGAGGCACCUCAGUGGUUAGACAGUGACUCCUGUCAGAAGUGUGAGCAGCCUUUCUUCUGGAACAUCAAGCAGAUGUGGGACACAAAGACCUUGGGACUUAGACAGCACCACUGCAGGAAGUGCGGGAAGGCUGUGUGUGGGAAAUGCAGCUCUAAACGCUCCACCUUCCCGAUCAUGGGCUUUGAGUUCUCGGUGCGAGUGUGCGACGCCUGCUUCGAUACCAUCAAAGAAGAAGACCGAACACCGUUGGCCACGUUCCACGAGGGGAAACACAACAUCGCCCACAUGGACAUGGACCCAUCCAGAGGCCUGAUGGUCACUUGUGGAAGCGACCGCAUUGUUAAGAUCUGGGACAUGACACAGGUGGUUGGCAGUAGCUUAGCAACAGGUUUUUCCCCUCGCUGAUUGGCCCAGCCCUCUACAUGGUACCCUCGCCUGGCUCGAGUCCUCCUCCACUCUCUCAGUGUCAUGGAAACCCCUCUGUACAGCCCACCUCGCCUUCGCGCCUGGGGUCCGCCGCUCCAGCCAGGCCUGCUCUGGGUGAACGUGUGUGAGCCCCUCCACAUCUCUUCGUCUUCUUGUAACAUAUUUUGCUACCUGUCAGUCUGACUGAUUUAGACUGUUGCUCUGAUCUCAAACUGAACCCUAAGCACAAUGAAAGAUGUAUAUGUGUGUGUGCGUGCAUGUGUGUUCUGUUUUCUCCUGGGGGAGGAACGGUAUUGCUAUUAGUGUUUACACUGAAUAUAUCCGAUGCUUUUUUUUUUUUUUUGAUAAAAGUCCUUUUUUUUAUGAUUGCACCGUAAAGCUAGUGUUCACCAUUGCUGACCUGCCAUAGCUGUAAAUAUGAACUCCCGCUACCUGCUUAAUCCCAGGCUACUUUAAAGAAAUAUUCACCUGUAAAUUCUUCUCCUUUCUGCGUGUAGUGGAUGCUUAAAAUGUUUUCUGAUUUAUUUUUCACUAGCUGGCCUUAAGUCACUAUCUCAGGAGCUUUUCCCAUCAGUAAAUCGUCACCGGUUGGGCUUGAAUGAUGUCAGUCGUAAUGGUUCCUAAACUUUAAUCUGAAGAAAGUUACUAAAAUGGCCUCCUGAUGGGGUAAGGGUCGUCUGUGAUGUAGUUGGCAGAUGUUUGCUAGGCAGCAGCUAACCCAGCCUCCACCAUUUGGGAGGUGAUGAUUGGUUUCUGUAGUAACCAGCGAAGUCAGCAGCAGCAUCGGGUUGCAGGUCUGCGCUCAAGCUUGUGGGAUUACCUUCAGAGAUCAUGAUUUUUCAGUUUAGGAUGUUAGUGUAAAUGUUCUCACAGGUGGAGGUGAAUUAGACAAAUGGCACACUGAGGUUCUGGAUGAGUAGGCCAGACUAAAUGUAGUCCCAGCUGCUGAGAUGUUGACUUGUUCCUGGUCACAUCUGGAUUCUUGUAAAGGCCUUAAAAAUAAAGAAGACCCACUAAAAGCCUUCUGAGCAGUUCUUCAGCACGUACAACUGUUCAUUUUCACCAUCCCUCCUCAGUUGUUCCCUCCUCACACACAUUUGUGCAUCAGAGAUGUCUCUUUGCACUGAAUUGCACAAGUAAAUCUUUGUCUUUAUUCCCCCCAUUUGUACGUUUGGAUGCAGGAGUGCAACUUUCCUGUGAAUAACAGCUGGAAUCAUCUAAUUCUAGACUAAAGCUUGCCUUAUUUGUAAGUGGAAGACGAUCAGAAACAUUCUGCUGGAGUGGACUCAUAUUCCAGUUUUUGGAAUCAUUAGUGUAUAUUUAUAUUUGCAGUAAAAUAUAAUAUGUGCAACCUCUGUAGGUUUUGUUUUCUGUGCCCAUAAGACAUCUUGAUUCCUGUGUAACACGUUAAAACCAGUUCCUCCCUCACUUCCAAGGCGCAUCAUGCAGACUUGGUGUAAAGAUGAGCCACGUUAUCAAAUCCUGUCAGCCGUUUCAUGUGAACAUGGAUGGGAUGGUUUUGUUAAUAAAGUGACAGCAGAAACUUGAUCAGUGAAUGCUUAGGUGUUUCAUGUUGUUAUGGUUGAGUUAUCCUGACACUCCAGUGUUUUUUUUCUGUUUGAUUUGUUCUUUUACUUUUGUUUUUAAAAUGUUAACAAACUAGCAGAUCAUAUGUAUGUUUUUCAUCCCAUUGGUGGAUAUUGGGUUUCAAGGAUGAGACAUGUCUUAAAACUAAUUUGCAUGAUGUAUUUAUUAUUGUAGCCAUUGUUUGUAGUAAGGUGGCAGGUUUUUCUUCUUCGAACAUACUAAUGGACAAGUUUUUCCUCAAAGCUAAAGUAGGUAGUAUCUUAUCUAUUGGCUUCUUCAUUUAAUAUAAAUCCAAAUCAGGUGGUCCCGGUUAAAGCUAAUGGUUUGUUCAAGAGUUCAUGACAUCAAACAUCUUGAAAUACUCAGAUCUCAAAAACACCAGUUUUGUUUUUGUGAAGGCUAUAUGCUGAACCUUUUUAAACCUUCAUAAUAUUUGCUUUGGGAGUUAUUCAUACAGAAACCAAUGAUCGGAUCAUCAUUAAAAGGUUUAUGGAGGUAGAAACCCCAAUGAUGUUCCUGUUUGAAACGUAUUCAGACAAGUAGUUGCAGUGUAUCUGACCAGAGUCAGUGAUGGAUAAAAUAAAAUUCUAGCUAUAUGUUAUAUAUUCUUAUAUAGAAGUGAACUUAUGUAAACAUGACAUUCAGGAAAUUGGAGAUGUUUUGAGAUGGUAGAAAUCUGGUCUUUGUUCCUCUCUGACUAGUCAUUAGCUUCAGCCUCUGAGAGCAAUUAAUCUGGAUUAAGAUUAAAUGAGUGUGGCAAGAGAGUUGCACACUGCAGGUAAGAUAUUAUUUAUUAAUAACCUUUCAACAAGACCUCACUUCAAAGUCCUUCAGCUCCCCUUCAAAGGACACUGAAGACUUUCACCUGUUGAACCCUUUUAUCUGUCUGCCACAUGCUGAAGGGGAAUUGCAUUAUUUUCAUCAAAGCUUUUCAUAAAAACAGCACUGUGCUACUCAAAAAAAAAAAAAAAAAAAUAUAUAUAUACAGUAUAUAUACUGUAUAUAUAUAUAUAUAUAUAUAUAUAGACACAGACACCCACAGAACAGUCAGUGGAGUUUAUAAAUGGUGAACCUGUGGCUGUGAAGUUGAAAGAACUCUAAAUGAUCCAUCUUCGAGUAGAUACUAAGAUCUACAGUUUAAUCUCUGCCUCACAUCAGUCAUUUCAUCCAUUAUUAAUCAUUGCAUUGACUGAGGUAGACUUAAAAUGCACUUUCACGGCAUAAAGACUCUUAGUGUGUCUAAGCUCUUUUCACGCAUGCAGAGAAUCUGUAUUCAGAACUCGUGAAAGGAUCUUUUAGCUCAUUUCACAACGCAUCAGAAGAGGCUCCUCAUAGAGCACAAUGGAGGAUCAUUAGCAAAGCUACGGUACAAUCUGGAGCCUGAAAAGCCUUUCAGUCAUUACUUAUCGGGUCCUUGGCAGAUGUGUGGGAUGCUAAAGGAAUGAUCGAUGCUGAGAUUUGCUGUUUGCGGAAAUAGCUCAAGGAAUAGAUCUUGAGAUUGCUUGUGCGUCUCAGGAAGGAAGCAGUGGAUUUAGUCGCGUUAUCAGUAGUUUAUGUCCUCUGUCACGUAACAAAACAGUCACCUCUCUCAUCAUCUUUAGCUCAAGAUUCGUGUUAUCCUUUCUGUUUUUCCCACAAUUCAUAAAAUGUGGCAUAAUUCUCUCUUGAAGCUACUUGUAAGUGAUACUUGCCAUUCCAACAAGGUUGUUGUUAAUGUACAUCUGCAAAUAACUGUAUUUUUAAAUGCUUUUGUUGAUAUUUCAGAACUGACUUGGGUCUCCAUGUGCUCUGAAAGCAGAGCACUGAAGAGCAUAAAUCACACUUAAUAAAGAUGUUUGAUAUGUU